AUGUCGUCCGCAGUAGCAGAUCUAGAAGCUGGCCUCCAAGCCAUGCUACAGCUCAAGCCCCCAGGAGUAUCAGGUUCUCGAAUUCAAAGCAUCACCGCGCUUUGCAUGGCCAAUGUACAGUCUGAAUCGGUCCUCAUCCAGAAACUAUUUACCCAUUUCAAGAAAGCUCCCGCGACACACAAACUUGGCGUACUCUACGUUGUAGACUCUGUAACCCGGAAAUGGACAGAACAGGCCAAGAUGGCAGGACAACCAAUAGACAAUUCUGCCCAGGACGGCACUUUCGCCGCUGGUGUUAAUAGAGUAAAGGAACUACUGCCGGUGCUGAUGAACGACAUAAUCCCCUCUGCUCCCGAGGAUCAAAAGGAGAAAAUCAGAAAGCUAGUUGAUAUCUGGGAGAAAGGCCAGACCUUCCCUCUCCAUAUGCUCGCUGAAUUCAAAAAGAUGUUGAUCCCCAGCGCACAAAAUCAGUCUACUACUACUCCUCCUGGAAGUCCACCAUCAGAUGUUCAGAAGGCCCUUGGGCUUCCAUCCACAGCCGCUGCCAACACUCCGUCCAUAUUAGAGGCGCUUGCCAAUCUAGCCCGCCAGAACGCCGCUGCGGCUCUUCCGGCCACGGCCACUCAACCCCAAGCUCAAGCUCAACAGGAUAAUCCGUACAAUAUACCAAUGCCACAUGCGCAGAAUAACCCUGCCCAGCAUAUGGCUGCGAUAAACCAGACUGUUCCCUUCCAACCAACUGCAGCUCCAGCACCUGUAAACGUGCCAGCUCCAGCGGCCGCUUAUCCAUCUCAGUCUCAAGUUCCGAAUAGUGGUGCGCAGAACUUUGCCAGUAAUCAAGCCAAUCCAUAUGCAUACGCGGGUGCCCCGCCAGUAGUUUCGCCUGCUGCACUCGACCCGGCUGUACAGCAGCAAUUCGUGUUGAUAAAGGCGCUUGCAGACCAGGGCUUCACGCCUGAUAAAAUUGCGGGUAUCAUGGCUGCGAUGGGUCAAGGAGGUGUUGCUCCGGGAGCAGGCGGAGUGCCUCCUCAAGCUUCGCAAUAUUUGCCUCAGCAUCAGAAUCAGAUUCAAAAUCAAAACACUGCGAAUGCACAACCUGGCUGGGGUCCAAGACCAGAUGAAUCACGUGACCAUAACGGCUACCUUGACCGCGAGGCUGGGAGAUCACCACCGGGUCGAUACCGUCAGCGCUCCCGUUCUCGAUCUCCUGCUCGGGGUUGGGGCGCGCGCGAUUCUCCAACAGUACAGCGACAUGACGAUUAUGGUUAUGACCGCGAGAGGGACUCGCCCGGCCAGGCUCGUGGGGAUGACCGUAGUGGCCGUGGUCGAGGAGGCAGGGGCAAUGAGUAUCGCCAACGUAGCCCUCCACGUCGAGGAGGACGGAGCCCCAGCCCACCACGACACGGAUAUGGCGGACAGAAAUGGGUAAGCCACGAUGCGACGCUCAAGAGUGGAACAAUUAAAGUCCUCAGCCGCACCCUGUUUGUUGGUGGUGUUACGAUGUCGGAGCCUGAACUGAGAAGAAUCUUCGAAAAACUUGGUGAAGUCCAGACUUGUAUCGUCAACAAGGAGAAGCGCCACGCUUUCGUCAAAAUGACUACCCGUGCCGACGCCCUCCACGCUAAAGAGAUGAUGGAGAAGAACAGAAUCCCGGAUUCGUCGUUGAGGACUAGAUGGGGUGUAGGCUUCGGACCGCGCGACUGCAGCGACUACCAGACUGGCGUCAGCAUCAUCCCGAUUAGCAAGCUCACUGAUGCUGACCGGAAGUGGAUGUUAAGCGCAGAAUACGGCGGCAGCGGCGGAAAGCCCAUUGAGUCUGGCAUGGUCGUUGAAGAGCCCGACAUCGAGAUUGGCGCCGGAGUCUCUUCCAAGGCCAUCAGCCGCCGGAUGCAAACCGAUCGAGGUGGCAGCAACGGCCCAAAAUCCAGCCGGGACCGGGAUGAGGAUGAUGGUUCACGUUAUCGCCGUGACGAUCGCCGUGAUGACCGCCGCCAUGAUGAUCGCAAGGGGAGAGAUACUGGUGUCAGUGCUCCACCAAGCAUGCCCGCCAUCCCUCCUUUCCAAAUGGCAGGAUUCCCAUUCAACCUCCCUAGUGGAAUGCCCAUGAUGCCGCCUGGAUACACGUAUCCUGGUCAAGCUCCAGGCCAGCAGCCACCUGCUCCGGGACAUCGCAACUAA